AUGUCUUCUACUCUACCUCAAUAUACCGCUUCUGACUACGCCAAGUUCGCUUUGGCCGGUGCCAUUGGUUGUGGUACUACCCACUCUUCCAUGGUUCCAAUCGAUGUCGUUAAGACUAGAAUCCAAUUGGAACCAACCGUUUACAACAAGGGUAUGAUCUCUUCUUUCAGACAGAUUAUCUCUGCUGAAGGUGCUGGUGCUCUAUUGACUGGUUUCGGUCCAACUUUGUUGGGUUACUCUUUGCAAGGUGCCUUCAAGUUCGGUGGUUACGAAUUGUUCAAGAAGUUGGCCAUUGACAACAUGGGUUACGAAAACGCUGUUAACUACAAGAACACUGUCUACAUUGGUUCCGCUGCUAUUGCCGAAUUCUUUGCUGAUAUUGCUUUGUGUCCAUUGGAAGCCACCAGAAUUAGAUUGGUUUCUCAACCAAGCUUUGCUAACGGUUUGUUCGGUGGUUUCAGCAGAAUCUUGAGAGAAGAAGGUGUUGGUUCUUUCUACAACGGUUUCACCCCAAUUCUAUUCAAGCAAAUUCCAUACAACAUUGCUAAGUUCGUUGUGUUCGAACAUGCUGCUGAAGUUUACUUCGGUCUAGCUGGUUCAAAGGAAUCCUUGUCUGCCUCUGCUACUACUGGUAUCAACUUGUUGGCUGGUUUGACUGCUGGUUUGGCUGCUGCCGUUGUUUCUCAACCAGCUGACACUCUAUUGUCUAAGGUUAACAAGACCAAGAAGGCUCCAGGUCAAUCUACCGUCGGUUUGUUGGCUCAAUUGGCCAAGCAACUAGGUUUCGUUGGUUCCUUCGCCGGUUUGCCAACACGUUUGGUUAUGGUCGGUACCUUGACUUCCUUGCAAUUCGGUAUCUACGGUUCCCUAAAGAAGACUUUGGGUUGUCCACCAGCUGUCGAAAUCGGUAAGUCCUCCCACUAA